UCAAAUUUUUUGCCCCAAUUUUGCCGAAUUUUAUUUUCUCUGAUUUUCCUGUGCUGAACCAAACGGCGUAGGAGAAAUGGCGAGUGAAGAAGCUGGUCACCACGACGACGUCGUUCCUGUUGACCUCCCCGCUCCCGCCGGCUGGUCAAAGAAGUUUACUCCAAAGAAAAGCAGCAUCCCUCAAAGGAAUGACGUUGUUUUCGUAUCUCCGACUGGAGAGGAGAUCAAGAGUAAGAGACAGCUGGAGCAGUACCUCAAGUCUCAUCCUGGAGGGCCUUCUGCCUCUGAAUUCGACUGGAGUAAAGGUGAUACUCCUAGGCGUUCUGCGAGAUUGAGUGAGAAAUCUAAGGAAGUUGCUGCCACCCCUACAAGUCAAUCACCCAAGAAAAAGCAAAAGAGAUCCGCCACAAAGGCGGCGGCCGUGGAGAAGAGCAAUGCUGACGCAGAAGAGGAAGAAGCCACUGGUGAGAAAGAUGCUACAGCUGAAGAAACUAAAGACCCUCUAGAGGAAGACCUUAUUGCAGGAAGCGAAGAUGCACAGAAGAAACCAGACACGGAGGAAUCUCCAGCCGGUGUUGAGGAUCCCAACAACGCCUCUACCGUCGUGCAGGAGCCAAAGGCAGACGAAUCUAAGGAGGCGCCUGAUGCUAAGAACAACGGAGCUGAAGACGCAGCAAGCGGUGGAAAGGACACUCUGGAUACAGCGCCAGGCGCUGAAGAGGCAAAGGUGGAUACGGAGGUGGGUCUUUCGGAUACGAAGGAGAAAGAAGUAGACGAGAAGGAGGAGGCGGUGUUGAAAGAGGCCGCAACAGGUAGUUGAGGCAUGGGGUUGAAAUACUUUUUUUGGGGUUUAGGGGUGUGGUGUUGAUUCUGUGCCUGAGCUAGAGAUGCUAACCGGUGUAGAUCUGCUCUAGGAAAUAACUCUUAGGAAUUCUUGUACCAAAUGACUAUUAUGAAUGCUUUUGUAACAUCAUCUCCAUAUUCCUUUGGAUGAUGGUCUGUGUGGGUAUUAAUGGUUAUGAGAUUCUUAAUUCAGGUUCA